AUCUGUGACACUGUGAGUUAGCUGCACAUGCAGUGUGAUAAUUGUCCUAGGAUCCCAGAGGAGUCUUGCAGAAGGGACAGGGGGUGAGCUGAUUAACCCCUGAGUGUACAAGGUGGAAUGGUUUUCGUGCAUGUGCGGAAGACGAGACACAGGAAAGAGAAAGAGAAUUUUCCUGGGCUAAUGCUGAGUCAGAAAAGCUCAGCUCCCAUGUGGACUGUCCCCGGAGGCAUCACACCACUGGGAACUGACCCACAGUGCAGCAAAGGCACCUGUACGCAGAGGUUGAGGCUGGUCACAGCUCAGCUGGCCCAGGGAGCUGCUGGAUUCACCCACAAGGCAUGAGAGCUGCGGGACUGCUACUGCUGUGAGAGCCCCAAACAGACACUUAAAAGGUUUGUGGAUGGCUCCUAGAAGAUCUUGAUUUGCUCCUGAGGAAAUAUUGUGUUACUGGGUUGGUUUUCUGUCAUGCUGUCCCCCCAGUCAACUAUGAGCCAGCCAGACCCUGCCGAUGACCCAGACCCCAGCACUGCACCCCUCUGUGUGGUGUGCGGCCAAGUCCACUCCCCUGAGGAAAACCACUUCUACACCUACACGGAAGAUGUGGACGAUGACCUCAUAUGCCACAUCUGCCUGCAAGCCCUGCUGGACCCUCUUGACACUCCCUGUGGACACACCUACUGCAUGCUCUGUCUCACCAACUUUCUGGUGGAGAAGGACUUCUGCCCCGUGGAUCGCAAGCCUGUGGUUCUCCAGCACUGCAAGAAAUCCAGCAUCCUGGUCCACAAGCUCCUCAACAAGCUACUGGUGACCUGCCCGUUCACCGAGCAUUGCACUGAGGUGUUGCAGCGCUGUGACCUGGAACACCACUUUCAAACCAGCUGUAAAGGUGCCUCCCACUAUGGCCUGACCAAAGACAGGAAGAGGCGCUCUCAGGAUGGCUGUCCAGAUGGCUGUGCAAGCCUUACUGCAAUGGCACUCUCCCCAGAGGUGUCUGCAGCUGCCACCAUCUCCUUAAUGACAGACGAGCCUGGCCUAGACAACCCUGCCUAUGUGGCCACAGCAGAGGAUGGUCAGCCAGCAAACAGUCCCUCGGACUUUGGCCGGAGCAACCGAACGAGGGCGCGGCCCUUUGAGCGAUCUUCUAUCAGAAGCAGAUCUUUUAAAAAAAUAAAUCGAGCGUUGAGUGUUCUCCGAAGGACAAAGAGUGGAAAUGUAGUUGCCAACCAAGCUGACCAGGGGAGAGAAAAUUUUGAAAACACGACUGCGCCUGCAGUCUUUCCAAGGUUGUAUCACCUGAUUCCAGAUGGUGAAAUUACCAGCAUUAGGAUCAAUCGAGUGGAUCCCAAUGAAAGCCUCUCCAUUAGGCUUGUGGGAGGCAGCGAAACCCCACUGGUCCAUAUCAUUAUCCAAUACAUUUAUCGUGAUGGAGUGAUUGCCAGAGACGGCCGGCUCCUGCCAGGAGACAUCAUAUUAAAGGUAAAUGGGAUGGACAUCAGCAACGUACCUCACAACUACGCCCUGCGCCUCCUGCAGCAGCCCUGCCAAGUGCUGCGGCUGACUAUACUGCGUGAGCAGAAAUUCCGAAGCAGGACCAAUGGGCAGGCACUGGACACCUAUGGACCACGGGAUGACAGUUUCCAUGUGAUUCUCAACAAAAGCAGCCCUGAGGAGCAGCUUGGAAUAAAACUGGUGCGCAAGGUGGAUGAACCCGGGGUAUUCAUUUUCAAUGUGUUGGAUGGUGGUGUGGCAGACCGACAUGGUCAGCUGGAGGAGAACGAUCGUGUGUUAGCCAUCAAUGGACAUGACCUUCGAUACGGCAGCCCGGAAAGUGCAGCUCAUCUGAUACAGGCCAGUGAAAGGCGCGUUCACCUCAUCGUGUCCCGCCAGGUUCAUCAGCAGAGUCCUGACAUCUUUCAGGAAGCUGGCUGGAGCAGCAACAGCAACCGGUCCCCAGGGCCAGGGGACAGGAGCAACACUUCCAAGCCCCUCCAUCCUGCAGUCACUUGUCACGAGAAGGUAGUAAGUGUCCGGAAAGACCCCAGUGAGUCUCUCGGCAUGACCGUUGCAGGAGGAGCGUCACACAGGGAGUGGGAUUUGCCCAUCUAUGUCAUCAGUGUUGAGCCCGGAGGCGUCAUAAGCAGAGAUGGAAGAAUAAAAACAGGUGAUAUUUUGCUGAAUGUGAAUGGGACUGAACUAACAGAGGUCAGCCGGAGUGAGGCCGUUGCAUUAUUAAAAAGCACAUCCUCCUCGGUGGUUCUUAAAGCUUUGGAAGUCAAACAAUGUGAGCCCCAGGAAGACAGCAGCAGCCCAACAGCCCUGGACUCCAACCACAACAGGGCCCCACCGGGCGACUGGUCUCCCUCCUGGGUCAUGUGGCUGAAAUUACCACGGUACCUGUAUAACUGUAAAGAUGUUAUACUGAGAAGAAACACAGCUGGAAGCCUGGGCUUCUGUAUUGUAGGAGGUUAUGAAGAAUACAAUGGGAACAAACCUUUUUUUAUCAAAUCCAUUGUUGAAGGAACACCAGCAUACAAUGAUGGAAGAAUUAGAUGUGGUGAUAUUCUUCUUGCUGUCAAUGGUAGAAGUACAUCAGGAAUGAUACAUGCUUGCUUGGCAAGAAUGCUGAAAGAACUUAAAGGAAAAAUUACUCUCACUAUUGUUUCUUGGCCUGGCACUUUUUUAUAGAAUGGUGGGUCACAGAGAAACAGGAAAUCACAAAUAAGCUAAGUUGAAACAAUAUAUUUAUCUUGUCAAUUUUUGUAUUUAAAGGAUACAUUGUAAAAAUGUAAAUUUUAAUGUCAGGAAAAGUACGAUCUAAUGAAAGCUAAUUACACCUCAGAAAAUAUAAUUCUCAAAACAAACAUUACUGAUAGUUUCUAUUCCGUGUGGGGGAUUUCACAAUACGCCUUUAAGUUUAUAUUUUUCUAUUCAAUAAAAAACUCAAACAACUGAAA